ACAGGACAUCAUUCUCUGUGAUGAAAGGAGCAGCUAUGAGUUUAACUGCGGCAGUGAGCGGAUUUGUUGCACUUCUCAUUGUGUCAGUGGUACAGGGUCAGAAUGGCUGGUCAGUGACUUACACUUCUGCUCAGAUCUGUGCUCUUAAAGGAUCAACAGUGGACAUGCUCUGCAGCUACAGUUACCCUUCCACAGUACACAAUAUAACCCCUACAGUUCAAGACAGAUUUUGGUUUGUUAAAAACAAUGAGAAACCUGUGCAUCUGAAAGCACAUUCACAUCGAUUUGAGUACCGCUUUCAUGAGAAUGACUGCACUCUAAGGAUCACAGGCCUGAGAGAGAGAGACUCAGCGGAGUACAAGUUCAGGUUCAAGACAAAUCAGGAUGGUGGAAGUUUUACUGGGUCACCUGGAGUCGCUUUGACUGUCACAGACCUCCAGGUAAAGGUGAGAAGAUCAUCAACCCAGACAGAGCUGCAGUGUCACACCAGCUGUCAUGUGACUGAUCCUCCUUCAUAUGUUUGGUACAAUAAAGGACAGAAACUGAAGGAAGAAACAUCUUCCCUCAGAGUCUCUGUCAGAGAUGAUGACAGCAGCUAUUCCUGUGCUGUUAAAGGACACGAGGAUCACCGCGCUGCUCCAGUGUUUUCUCCAAAGCUUUACUAUAUGUUAGUGAGUCCCUCUGCUGAAACAGUGGAGGGCAGUUCAAUAACUCUGAACUGCGGCUUUACUGCUAACCCAGCAGCUAAUUACACCUGGUACAAGGGGAACAGCCAAAGAUAUCUCAGUGAAGGGACAGUCCUUGGCUUGGAGUCCAUCCAGCCCUCUGACUCAGGAGAGUAUUACUGCACAGCUGAGAAUGAGCUGGGGAGGACAUCUGAAUCCAUCUUUAUUAAUGUGAAAUAUGCUCCAAAAGUUGCAACUGUGUCAGUGAGUCCCUCUGCUGAGAUAGUGGAGGGCAGCUCAGUGACUCUGACCUGCAGCAGUGAGGCUAACCCAGCAGCUAAAUACACCUGGUACAAGAAGAAUAAGCGUAAACCUCUAAGUGUAGACACACAGCUCGUCUUCAGCUCAAUCCAGCCCUCUGACUCUGGACAGUAUCACUGUAGAGCUUACAACCAAGUGGGGGAGACAUCUGAAUCCAUCUCUAUUCAUGUGAGAUAUCCUCCAAAGCUUGUCUCAGUGUCAGCGAGUUCUUCUAAUGAAAUCAAGGAGGGCCGUUCAGUAACUCUCACCUGUAACAGUGAUGCUAAUCCAGCAGCUGAACACUUCUGGUACAAGGAUGGUGAUCCAAACCCUCUCAGUAAUGAACGGCAGCUCUCCUUCAGCUCCGUCCAGUCCUCUGACUCUGGAGAGUAUUUCUGUGCAGCUGAGAACAACCUGGGGAGGAGGACAUCUGAAUCCAUCUUUAUUGUUGUGAUAUAUGGUCCAAAGUUUCUCUCCGUGUCAGUGAGUCCCUCUGGUGAAAUCCAGGAGGGCAGCUCAGUGACUCUGACCUGUAGCAGUGACGCUAACCCAGCGGCUAAUUACACCUGGUACAAGGAGGAUGGCCAGGCGCCUCUUAUUGUAGAACCACAGCUCGUCUUCACCUCCAUCCAACCCUCUGAUUCUGGAGAGUAUUACUGCACAGCUGUGAACAAAGUGAUGACGUCAGCAACUGAAUCCGUCUCUGUUGAUGUGAUGUAUGCUCCAAAGCUUCCCUCUGUGUCAGUGAGUCCCUCUGCUGAGAUAGUGGAGGGCAGCUCAGUGACUCUGACCUGCAGCAGUGAUGCUAACCCAGCAGCUAAUUACACCUGGUACAAGGAGGAUGAUCAAACACCUCUCAGUAAAGAGUCACAGCUCAUCUUCAGCUCCAUCCAGCCCUCCGACUCAGGAGAGUAUUACUGUAAAGCUGAGAACCACCUGGGGAUGCCAACGCCACAAUACAUCUCUAUUGAUGUGACAUAUGCUCCAAAGCUUCCCUCUGUGUCAGUGAGUCCCUCUGCUGAGAUAGUGGAGGGCAGCUCAGUGACUCUGACCUGCAGCAGUGAUGCUAACCCAGCAGCUAAUUACACCUGGUACAAGGAGGAUGAAGACUCACCAAAAACAUCAGGACAGAACUUCACCAUCACUGACUUCAGACCUGAACACAGUGGGAGGUAUUACUGUGAAGCCCAGAACACCAGAGGACGUCAUAACUCCACCUUACAGCUGACUGUCGUAUCAACAGCAUGGAAAUUAGCAGCUGUUUCAGUCCCUGCUGUUCUGCUGGCUCUCAUACUCUCAUACUCUGUCAUCCUGUGGAUCAUAAAAAAAAGAUCCUCCAAGCAAAAGCAGCCUGAACCUGGAGAGAGAACAGAUACCAGUGAACAGGUGCAACCAGAGGAGGACAGUGCUACCUGCGCUAGUGUCUACUUUUGCAACCACCGGGUAGACCCCGUCUGCUCCAUCAGGACGGCAGCUCAGACCAAAAGACACAAGAAAACAGAAGAAGAAGAAGAAGGGAUGGUCGAACGUGCUGCACACGCAUGAGUGGCUCCUCGCAUCAUCAGAUAUAUCAGACUUAAUGGCAGCUCUUUUCAGACUGUUUUUGGGUUUCUUGUGAUCACUGUUCACUUAUUGGUAUAUUUUACAUUAAUAUCACAUCUGCAGAAUCCAGACCCCAAGUCAGGAAGCUGCAGAGGAUCCACCUGCUCUGUCCAGCACAGGCAGCUAACCUCCUACAAAUCCAACUCUCUAGCCUGAGUCAUGGUAAUGAUUUAAAGUCUGUAUAAAAGGAAACAGUGAGCUUUAUGUACAGUGUGCAUGCAGUCCUGCUGACAGCUUUGCCCAUCAUUCAUUUCAAAGAUAAAUUUAAAUUUGACUGAUGUCCAUCUUUCUCUCUCCUACCGUACACCGGCAGCUCUGGUAUGUAGUUGAGUAACAUCCAUCACCAGCUUUCCCUCUGCUGACUAACAGCUGAUUUUGCUCAAUAAUGAUACUAAAACAAAGGCACCACUCUCAGGAAUGAUCUCCCAGGAAGUUACACAAAACACAAUCCAAACCACUUAGCUCAAUAAAAUGUGGGAGAAAAAGCUCAAAAAGUUGAAAAAAUUACACUAAAGAAGAAACAUAUAAUAAGAAGCUUAAAUAUAAAAUUAAUGUGGGUAUUGUUUUGUGAUGCAUCUGCAUGUUGCAGCAGGCAGAAAUCAAACACUGUGUUGUGCGAGAGCCCUGCCCCGCAUGGGAGCCAUGAACACAAAGACACCCCAAAGCUUUGAAACUAAUGAGCUAUGACGAGCUCCUUCCUUGAGUGAAAACAUAAGUGGAUCAUGCAUCCUGGCUUUCGGGCUUAUAAAAGUGCUGUUCAUGAAGCCUAAACUUUUUUCUUGUGUCAGUAACAGCUUUACCUGAGCUGAGUGUCUGCCUGUCUCAGCGUAAACAGAUAAUAACAGCUUAAAUAGCUGAUAGUAUAGAAAAGCUAAAAAAUAUCACUUUUAGUCGCUCUGUAAAUUACAUGUAACAAGCUUUUUAAAUAUCUUACUUAAAAAAUACAUAAAUAUUCUUUUCCUGAUCUACUUGUAGUUUCCUUGUGCUGCCAGCAGAUGGGAGCAAAGAACAAUUCUGUCAAGUUUCUGUUCCCUCUUUAUGAACUAUAAUAUUACCACAUUAUUUUUACACCAUCUGUUUAUAUUGUAUCAAGUAAUCAAUUUAGUAUUCAAUUUUCAUUGAUGCAUAUUUACAUAACUUCAGAAUUGCUACUGCUUAACCACCAAAUCAGCUUUACACUGUUUUUCUUGUAUGUCAUUCUGACUCUAUAGCAUAGAGAAUUAUUAUGUCCCUCUUUUUGUUCAUUGUUUGUGUUUACAUUUUCUCUCUCUUUCUUUCUUUCUUAUUUACCAGGUCGUUUUAAAGGGUUUUGUGUUUUAUUGAGAUGUCACAGACCUUACAGUGCGAAUGCUCUGAUUGAAAGUCCCUAAGUAUGUGAACAAUGUCACGAGUGUUAUACAGCACAGUGUGUAAAAUAACUGUUUUAAA